AUGCCGUACCCCCCAACCCCUCCGCUGCUUCUCACCCGCCGGCUUUCCUCCUUUCUGCACUCCAGCCUUGCGACCAUCCAGGAGCAGCAGCAGCAACAUCACCAGCCAGCACUGCAGACGGCCCUGCUGAUCACCCCCUCGGGAAAGCUGCUUGCAUACGAGUCACCCGUCGCUGUGCGCACUUUGCGCACCCAGUCUUCCGUGGCCGCAUCGCUCUGGGCCAUCCAUGCCACAUCGUCACCCUCUGUGGCCGUCGCCCUGGGACAAGAGCCCCCUUCCAACUCCUCCACAGCUGCUGCCGAUCCAGCCGACCUUUCCACAGCCUCCAACUCGGCCUCGGCUGCCGAGAACGUCCUCACCGACACGGACGAUGACGGCCAGCGACAGUACGACAAAAGCAACAUACCUGUCAGCAUCGCCGCGAGUUUCAACGGAGGCGCCGUCUUUGUCGUUCGCCGUUUGCGCUGCGGCCUCUUGUUUGCCUGCGCCACUCCUCCGCCGGCCACCUCCUCUCGUCCUGCCACUGCCACCGCAUUGGGGCCUCUCCCUUCUGCUUCCACCGCGGUUUCGGCCAACCCUGCUGAUGCCCACUCUCUCCUGCCGCCACGCUUAGCAUCCGCCGGAAAAUCUCUGUCGGCCGCCUCGUCGUCUCAUCCCUCGGCUUCUGCUCCUCGAAAAUCCCGGUCGACAGCAGCUUUUCCGACCGCUGCACCACCCGACGUCGUUGUGGACAGCUCUGCCACAGCGCCGGCCGGCACCGAUGACGGACGGCCUGGCACGGCCACCGAUGCAGCCUCCUUCACAACCACGGGAACCACCACCACAGUCAGCGGUGCUGGCGGCCUCUCGGGUGGCGCCAGCUCUGUGGCAGCAACAGUGGCCAUCGUGCGACGGCAGGUCGAGGAGCUGGCCCGAUUGUUGGAUGAGAAGCUUGGUGCGCUUUCCGUGCCGGAAGAGAAUAUUGGCGUCAACGGAUUUCGAUGA